AUGCCCAUUUCGACUUCGAGAAAACUAGUCGAAGCGGUGAUCGGCGAUGUGCUGGAAGUCCUCGCGACGGAUCUACCUCAGGAUCCUGCAUCUGAGUUGAUGGUCUGGGCAGCUGCAGCGGGAUGCAGGCGGAUAUCCUUUCAGAAGAAACGUAGUAACCCCGAUUUCUGGCGAAAUGAUAGUGUUUUUGUGGUCAUGCAUGACGUAAUUGUCGUCAGCCCUAUUACAGCCACCAACCUGUCUUUGUCGAAAGGUCUUGCAGCAGACCGCGCACGCACUGUCUUGGCCCCUGAGCCAUCCGUCGGGAGCACCACCGCCGCCGCAAUCCAGGCGCUCUUCGAGAAAUACGAUGGACCAUUCACACACAAACAUAUAUACAGUAAGCUGUCACCUCUUGGGCAUCCAAGGCUUGAGCUUGAAGUUUGA